AUCUUAUCAUUUAGCAAAACAGUAGCGACACUGCAUAUUAUUAUUUAUUUAUUUUGCGGGUGGACACUGCAUAUUAUGGCAUAGAUUCUUUUCCUUACAUAUAUGCUACCAAAGUGACGCCAUGGUCCAUCUCCAUAGUGUUGUUCGAUGGCUUUAUUAUAAUUAACGAUGGCCAUCACCACGACACUGCCUUUUCCUGCACGUACAUAAUUACCAUUCCUUUCCUAGAAAAUGGAAAUAUAUCGUCAUCAACUAAUGAGAAUUGCUACCACUACCAGUUGGCACGGUAGCACCGUCUGCGUCCUAUAUAACUCCUCGCUGUUUUUCCCGCAACUCAUCUCAGUAGAUCGUUCGCCACUUGUACUAGUUAACAUAUACAAGUACUACGUACUCGGACGUGAUGGCUAACUCGACCGCCUUGAUCCUUCUGAUCUCAUCGGUCCUGCUAGCCGCAGCUGCCUACAUCCGCCGUGAGCCAGGCCACGCGGACGGAAGCUUCGCCGACGCACACCUCCACUUCUACAUGCACGACGCCUACGGCGGCCCGCGCCCCACGGCCGCGCUCAUCGUCACUGGAAGGGAGCCGCUCCCACUACCGUCUGACGACGGCGCCACCGACCAGGAGACAACCUCCUCCUCCCCGCGGAGGUUCGGCGACAUCGCCGUGAUGAACAACGCGCUCACGGAGGGGCCCGAGCGCGGCAGCGCACGAGUCGGCACGGCGCAGGGGUUCACCGUGCGCGUCGCGGAGCACGGCGCCGUGAACGACCUAAGCCUGCACCUCGUGCUCGAGGCCGGCGGGUACGGGGGGAGCUCGCUGGCGGUGAAGGGCAGGGUGGACACGGGCGCCGCGGUGCGGGAGUCCAUAAUCGUCGGCGGCACCGGCCGCUUCCGCUUCGCGACGGGCUACGCGCUGAGCAGGAGCUACGACUACGACGUCGCCAGCGGAGGAGUCGUGGAGAUCGAUGUGUCUGGGUCCCACAUGCCAUCACGUUGGAUGAAAUAGUAAAAAGAAAGAAAAGGGCGUGUUGGCAGGAUUCGAGCCCAGUGCACAACACCAAGAAUAGAUGUAUGUGCAACAUGGAGAUGCACUCCUAUUUAUAAUAAGGCUACUGGGCGGAAUAAUAAAGAAAACGUUGAUUCGUGGGAAUUCAAACUCAGGAGUUCAAUUUUUUUGUUCUUUUAACGGUACCAGGAGCUCUUUUUUUUUAGGUUUUCGGUUUUCUUUUAGGGUAGAACACUGUAGCGAGUUAGCCGAUAAACCAAACAAGGGGGGCGUAUCUGGCGCACCGGGGUAUUUGUUGCUGCCUAUGCACCGGACCCCCGUUGCACAUUCAAAUUUUUUGAAAAAAAACAAAAAUAAUUUUAGCGCCAUUCGGAAAUAAUUUAGUGCAUUAACAUAACCUUAAUGUAUGUUGUCACAAAUAAUCAAAUAAAAACAACAUUGGUCGAGAUACAAACACUCCAACCAGACAAGACAGCCCGCCCAAGCUGACAACGCUCUCAGCCUCUCCGAAGUGAACAAUUAUGAGCUAGAUGUAUAUAUAUCGUGUUGCUCUUUACCUCUUCAAGCAUUUCUAUUUUUUAUUUUACUAUAUGUGGCACUUUUAUGGGCCCGCACAAUUGUUUUUCAAUUUCAUGUUUAAUUUUUUGAUAUUAUUUUCCCUGUUUAAAAAAAAUAUGUAAGAAAAUAUUACCACUGUAUAUGGACGGAGGUACCGUAUAUGCACUAUGCGACAAGUUAUAGCACUACUUUUAUGUAUUUUGCAAGUUUGGGCACUAAACUGAUCGCAGCGGACAAGUUAAGGCAGCUAUGGGGUAUUUAACUCUCUUUUAAAAGAUUUCACUAUAGACUACAUACGGAGCAAAAUGAAUGAAUCAAUACUCUAAAAGGCGUCUAUAUACAUCCGAAUGUAGUUUCUAUAGUGGAAUCUUUAAAAGACUUACAUUUAGGAACGGAGGAAGUAUGCUGCAUGCAUGUCUGGCCGGCGUAUGCGUCGAGUGAGCAUACUGAAUUUCAACCGAUGACAUCUAGGGGACAAAAUGAAAAAAAGAGAUAAUUGCGUGAGCAACCUCACAGUUUCAAGUAUGUGUGUUUUAGACACAUGUGUUGCAAAAAUAUGCACCUUUAUGGCCUUUGGUUUUUUGUUUUCGAGAAGAUAUCCAAAGUGCUGAUAUGUAUCCUAUACCCGAUAUUUAUCAAGGAAAACAAGAGUUCAUACAAA